AUGCGCUUCCUAUCGCUUUCUUCACCUAUCCUGCUCGCUGCAAACGCAGCGGCGUAUGAUACCCUCCUCCACUUCGGCUCGCCAACUCAAGUUGAGACGCGUUCCAUCAACCAGAUUUACAAAGCUGCUCUCAAAGAAGGCGGUAUCGUGACAGCCCGGUUCGGUGGUGAUGAGAAGAAUCAAAAUGACGCGGUCAAGAACGCCUUCGAAUCGGCCUUUCCUGGCAUGAAGCUCAAUCUGACCACCGACCUGUCCAAAUAUCUCGAUAGCAACAUCGACCAACAACUCGCUAACAACAACGUCUAUGUCGAUACACUCGCUCUCCAGACCACGCAAGAUUUUCCACGGUGGAAAGAAGAGGGUGCGCUGCUUUAUUAUGCUCCUGCUGGAUUCGAUAAGAUCUAUUCUGGGCUCAAGGAUACUGAUGCUGCUUUCUACGGAUUCACGGGUAUUGCGUGGCAGCUCAUCUGGAACGCCGAUAAAUUGAAGGGCAAAAAGGAGACAGCAGAAUACAGCGACUUCCUUGCGCCAGAGUACAAGGCCACUCCGCAGACGCUUGUCCGUGACCCCAAGACACCUUACGUCGCAACCUUCACCUCAGCGCUGGGCCUGACAACUGGAGCCGGCUCUCUCAACGCUACAUAUCCCAAGACAAGCAACUUCAUCUCGUGGGCACAGCACACUGCUAUUCUCAAGGGCGCGCCGCACCCUGAGGGCGCUAAGCUACUGCAGACCUUUCUACUGAGCAAGGACUUCCAGAAGACGAGCGGGUUUUGGCCUGUGAGAAGUGAUGUCGCCCCGCCCGCCGGAUUUCCCGAGUUUGUUGGUCAAUCACACACUGACCCUUAUGACUUUAUGAGGUUUAUGAUUGACCGGGAGAGGGUUGAGAGGCUGAGAUUCUGGUUCGAGAAGAGGCUUGGUACUGCCCAGGGUCUCAGCCCACUGGAUGAUGAUUUGUAG